AAAUUAGGACAGAUAUGCCUAAGGACUCUUAAUUUGUAAAGGGAAGUGAGUGACGCCAUCUGCUCUGUGCCUGUUCAUCCUAACAAAAGAUGGACGGUUUGAGCAGUCACAGUGUGUAUGUGCUGCAGCAGCUGCAGGAACAGCGCAUUCAGGGUUUACUGUGUGAUUGCAUGCUGGUGGUGAAGGGCGUCUGCUUUAAAGCACACAAGAACGUGCUGGCUGCCUUUAGCGCAUACUUCAGAUCUCUGUUCCAGAACUCUCCAGCACACAAGAACGAUGUUUUUCAUCUGAGCAUUCAAGAUGUGGGCGGCAUCGGUCAGAUUCUGGAUUACAUGUACACUUCACACCUGGAGAUCAACCAAGACAAUGUUCACACACUGAUGGAGAUCGCACACAUCCUGCAGGUGUCUAACAUCCUAAACACGUGUCACGCGUUUCUGAAGCCUUGUGUGACAGCGUCGGACGCGUCCUUCUCUCUGCCUGCUGAUGUCUCUUACGACCAGGACUGUGUGUUGAGAAACUCUCUGUCCUCAGAAGCAGAUCUCAACAAACAUCUGCUCAUCCCCGCCGACGACCCAUACAAACGCGCAGAGCCCGCGCCGGCCCCGAGCAACACCUUGCUAGAGCCAGACGCCGCGUCCCAGCCAAACCGACAGCCGCCGCACGGCUACAAGCUCAGAAACUUCUACACUAAACAGUAUUUCAAACAGAGCGCUAACCAGAACGCCGGGUCGUUUGGAGGAGCAGACGAGCAGUUUAACACGAGCACUGCUAACCAAUCACUGCCUCAGAACCAAACACACACCUCCAGUCUCGUGACGGACUCCGCUCACCCGCCCGAGGCCCCUCCCACCGCUCGUAUUCUACGCCCUAAAAAGACCGUGUACCUGAAGAAGUUUAACUACCUGCGCUCUCACGUCAGCGUGGAUGAGGUGGAGCACUGUGAGGAUGCUGAUGCUCGAUGUGACCAGCAGGAGGCGCCGCCGAUCCAGCCCGCAGAGGUGACCUCUGACCCUGCUGACCCCACUGAGAUCGUGACCUCUGACCCAGCAGAGGUGUCCGAGUUAAAGACGACACCUGCAGGAGAGACACGUGACCCUGACACUGAGAGGUCAGAGGUCAACAGUAACAAAUACUGCUGUGAGGUGUGUGGAAAGACCUUUAAACAUCCCAGCAACCUUGAGCUGCACACACGCUCGCACACAGGAGAGAAGCCGUUUCAGUGUAACGUGUGCGGUAAAAGAUUUUCACAGGCAGGAAACCUUCAGACACAUUUACGACGUCACACAGGAGAGAAACCCUACAUCUGUGAGCUCUGUGGAAAAAGUUUUGCGGCGGCAGGUGAUGUUCAGCGUCACAUUCUGAUUCAUUCAGGAGCUCGACCGCACCUGUGUGACUUCUGUGGACGAGGCUUCAGUAACUUCAGUAAUCUAAAGGAACACAAGAAAACUCAUAGCACAGAGAACGAAUUCACCUGCGAUCAGUGUGGAAAAUCGUUCAACAUGCAGCGGAAACUCUUUAAACACAAAGUGAGACACACUGGAGACAAACCGUACAGCUGCCAGACCUGCGGGAAGUGUUUUGCUGGGUCAGGUGAUCUACAGCGUCACGUGCGCUCACACACAGGUGAACGGCCGUAUGUAUGCGACACUUGCGGGAAAGGUUUCACACGCAGCGCAGUUCUGCGCAGACACCGCAGCACCCACUGCACGCCUGCAGAUGCUGAGCAGACGCUCUGUGCAGACGCGUUACGACGCCCCCUGCAGACACCUGACGCGCAGUGCGGGACCGCCGGAGGACUCUGCAGCAGCGGUGCGAUGUGGGGGCGGGCCAUGAAAACUCUGCAGAGUGACACGGAAAUGGACCAAUGAGAGUCAACCAUUUACUGUGACGUGAUUGCGUGUUGCGCGAUGUCUCUCAGGGAUUUCUGUUCUGUUUGUGGGUUUUGAAUGAAAUGUUUAUUUAAACAGUAGAUUGUGUGCAUCUCAGUUUUUGUAUGAUGAGACUUGUACUGUAAAACAGCUAAUGUGCUGCCAGUACAUUAUCCAUUCAUUUUACGGACAUUUACAUAAUUAUAGAACGCAAUUCAAUGCAGUGCAAAAUUCAAAAUACAGGUAAAACAGCUGUAAAAAAAUUCUAUACGUAAAAUUUCGUCAGACUAAUACAGUACAUUGUGCCCUGUUUUUACGGACUUUUUUUUACAGUGAUGAGUUCAUGAUCAGAUCCGUGGUAUUUAUCUGACAAACACACAACCUCAUUCACACUCUUCUGAAGCCGUAAGACAGCACACACACGUUAAACAAUUAUAACACAACUCUCUAAGAUCUUAAGACACUUGAAUGUAAAUGAAUGAUCAUAGCACACUUCAUCUGGCUUAAGUCUAUUUGACGUCUGCAAUACAUACAGUAGUUUGCCCGUCUGA